AUGUCCUCUGCCACAAGCCUAUCGACAGACAGCUACACCCUAUCGCAUUUCCCACGCUCGAUCACAGUCGUCCUAAAAGAGCAGGACAAAAGCGACUACCAACUUGCAAAGUCCUACCGCCCGGUUGCGCUGCUCAACACCGUUAGCAAAUUCAUGGAAGCAGUGGCGCACGACAACUCAGCUACGCCGUGGAAACCGAUGGAUUACUUCCAAAUGCGCAUCUCGGUGGCCGAUGGGGCAUCUCCACGGGCCGUGCUAUACAGAAUGUGA